CCCAACAUUUAGCAGCGAUUGAAGCAUCUUUUCCGUCCGUUAUCCUCUGAAGGAGCGAAGCGGUGUGAUAUUUGGAGGGAAAUGUUGGCGAAUGGUCACCCAAUCCCGUUCCCAGUAGGAACUCCAUCAGGAUGGAAAUGGCGCCCUCCUAUGCAUAAUUUGGUGCAAGUUAGACGUGGGUUUACAAGCACCUCCAUUGAAACAUCGGGUGCUUACCCCAAACAGUUCAUUGUUUGCGGCGGAACUGACCCCAACCACCUACUCUCUUCUCAUUCUGAUUGGAGCCUCCCGCCAAAUCCACCAGAUGUUGAACCUGUGACGACAGUCACUGGCAAGUGUUCUGCAGAGCCAGGUACAAAGAGAUUGACUGUUGGGUUUGGAAAACUUAAAGCAAAAAGAGUAAAAGCCCUUGUCGAGAGGACUUUUCGGAUGAAGCAAGAAAUAAGCACCAAUGAUGAUGAAUUGGUUGCACAGAGCCGUCAAAGGGGUGUUUCAAGGGUUUUCUUAUCUAAAGAACUCAGAGAGACUUGCCAAAGUACUGAUACAGAAAAACACAUUGAGAACUCUGAUUUAUCAGCUGAUUCUAUUCAAGGGCUUGAUAAAUCUCAUGAGUCUUACCCCACAAAUGCUGAACCAGAGGGUUCAUUUCGUGGAGGUUCUGCUGCUCACUUACUUGGAUGGGGUGAUGGGGGCUCCAUUCAUAAGCCCAAGAUGAAAUCACCUGAGCUCCUAAAGAAACAUCAUAAGCUGUCUGUUGGGGGUGACUUUUUUAGUCGAAAAACCUUUAUAGAUUUGGGUUGCAGUGAAUACAUGAUUAAAUCUUUAAAGGAACAGCUUUUUGUGCGCCCUUCACAUAUUCAGGCUAUGGCUUUUAGACCUGUUCUUGAGGGACAGAGCUGCAUUAUAGCGGAUCAAAGUGGCUCAGGGAAGACAUUGGCAUACCUUAUACCUGUGAUUCAGCGUCUUAGGGAAGAAGAACUUCAAGGAUUUAGCAAGUCCUCCUCAGGUAGCCCUCGAGCAGUUAUAAUUGUACCAACUGCUGAGUUGGCUUCUCAGGUCUUGAGUAGUUGUCGAUCAAUGUCAAAAUUUGGAGUCCCAUUCCGAUCUAUGGUUGUGACAGGUGGUUUUCGACAAAAAACGCAACUGGAAAAUCUAGAGCAAGGUGUAGAUGUUUUAAUAGCAACACCAGGUCGUUUCAUGUUCCUAAUUAAAGAAGGCUUCCUGCAAUUAGCAAAUCUUAGAACUGCUGUGUUUGAUGAGGUGGAUAUACUUUUUAAUGACGAGGAUUUCAAGGUUGCAUUGCAAAGUUUAAUAGACUCCUCACCUAUCAUAACACAAUAUCUAUUUGUGACUGCAACUUUGCCUGUAGACAUAUACAACAAGCUGAUUGAAGUUUUUCCUGAUACUAAAAUGAUCAUGGGACCUGGCAUGCACCAUAUAAGCUCCGGUCUUGAGGAGGUUCUUGUAGAUUGCAGUGGAGAAGGGACUUUAAAAACUCCAGAUACAGCGUUCUUGAACAAGAAGAAUGCCCUUCUGAAGCUUGUGGAAGAAAGUCCAGUUUGCAAAACCAUUGUUUUCUGUAACAAGAUAGACACAUGCAGAAAAGUUGAGAAUGUAUUAAAACGUUUUGAUAGGAGAGGAACUCAUGUGCGAGUCCUACCAUUUCAUGCUGCUCUAGCACAAGAAACACGGAUUGUAAACAUGAAGGAAUUCACCCAAUCUCAUCCUGGAGGAGAAUCUUUGAUUUUGGUUUGCACUGAUAGAGCAUCACGUGGAAUAGACUUUGCUGGUGUGGAUCAUGUUGUACUCUUUGACUUCCCUCGUGAUCCAAGUGAAUAUGUGCGCCGUGUUGGACGAACUGCCAGAGGAGCAGGAGGAAAAGGUAAGGCAUUCAUCUUUGUAGUUGGGAAGCAGGUUCCCCUUGCACGGAGGAUCAUCGAAAGAAACCAGAAGGGUCACCCGUUGCAUGACGUGCCAUCUGCUUUCGAAUUGAUGAGGUAAAAAAGCCGAGGGAGAAAUAUUUUGCAUGAAAGAAAGUUAGGGAUAUUAGGUCAGUGGUGGCAUAUGAAAUAUACGUAAACUUAGGGAGUUAAUGUAUAUGUAAGUUGUGAAGCCUCUCUUUCUGCAAUUAUAAAAAGACUUAGGAGGCUCCCCUGCUUCUUCCUUUUGCUCUCCUCCUCUAUAUCCAAGGUGAAGAGGCCUGUAAUGUGUAAUGAAUGUUUGAUGUUGGGAUAUAUACAUAGCUUGUAAAGCAUUGUUCACACCAAUGGAAAAAAAGCAGUAGCACCCUCCCUUCCAUUA